UUCAACUUGAAGAUUCACUCCUUGUCUUCAUCUCGAACUUUUUUCUCACCACAUACGCAUUUAAUACCUUCCAACAGUUCACCCACCCCCGCCAUCUUCAGUCAUCAACGCGUCUCCAGCCCGCAUAUCUGAUAUCAUUCAUACCCACGCUCAGCCAUCUCACAGACUUCGAUCGAUCUGUCUCACAUCCCAACAAAUGCCGGUCAUUCCUACCUUCAAGAACAGAAUUAACAACACCAGCGACCUACGCCCAUCUGCAUUCUCUCAAGCCUGUCUGCUGUAGUUUCGUGAUUGUUCUCGCCUUCGAGCCUCUUCACAGGGACGACCUGUCUGCCGCCAUCAGUGUGGUCAGUGUGAUCGUCACCAACUCCUUGGGAUGGCAGCAACACCUUCAGCUGUGGGCAUGAUCCCCCAGCUUGAACAGGCCCGUAAACUUGCCCUAGGAGACCCUCAAGUGUACAACCAGGUUCUUCCCGGCAUCUUGCCCAUUAUUGGUCCUGCUGCGCCCCUUGAAGUUCGUCGCUGGGGUGCCGACUUCCUCGCUGAAGCAUUUGCCAGCCCAGCAAUCUCUCUGGCUCAGAAAGAUCAAUUCUCAACCGAAGUCCUCCCCACCCUCAAGGCACUUCUCGAAAAUCCAUCCGAGGACAUUGCUGUGGUAAAGAGUGCUGUGCAGGCAUCAGCCAGUUUGUACCCUAUCGUGUUUCGAAGAAUCAUUAAUCGACCCAACGAAACUGCCCUUUGGCAAGAUAUCAGUGCCAUUAAACUUAACAUCCUGAAGCGGAUGGACUCUGCCCCUCCUGCCGUUCGAAUUUGUUGUAUCAAGUUUGUACAAAAGAUCGUUCAGGUGGAAACGCCCGGUCUAAUCGCAGAUCCACGGAGGCCUGAUCAGAAUGAGACCUCCAUCUCCCUUGUCCCCCGUAAUCACCCUCUCCUUCAGCUACCCAACAUUGAGGCCGAGGCAUCUGCAUUACUGGACCGACUCCUGAGUGUUUUCCAGGAAAACUCGACUGACCCCAUCGUUGUUGAUGCCACACUCAACUGUCUCGCUAUCCUAAUCCGAAGCCGUCCUCCGAUAGCAUCUAAGAUAAUAUCUGCUGUCAUCAGCUACAACCCAAUGAAACAAGGGAACUCCCCAAUGACACCAAAAAUCAUGGUCAUGAUCAGGUCCAUGGAAAGAACGACACGGGCGCUUUUGAGAUGGGUUCUGAGAGCUGUGCCAAACCACCCUAUGGAACAGAAGAUCCAACAGUAUCUCAUGCGUUUGCAGCAAUCUCGAAAUGUCCUUUUCGCCGACACUACUGCACAGAAACGACCGGCGGAACCCACCGAUGGCUACGACGAUACUAAAAGACAGAAGCUCACAAGUGCUGCUCAGAGCUUCCCACCCAUGCCACCUCCUCCCAAUAGUUUCGCUCAGCUCUUCACCCUCACCGAAGAUCCGAACGUGAAACAAUUUGACGUCACACUUCUCCCUGCCGAUAGCGUUAGCGAUGUAACUGCGGUGCUCCUCCAGUAUGUGGAUGCAAGUGCGUUGGAGUUGGCCAUUGAAGCAAUCCGAGCUAGAUAUACCCACUUGCAGAAGGUGCAGCAGCCAACCCCAGUACCGGAAUUUCCCAUGGCCGGCCCAACAGGGAUUGACGAUGAAGAUGAUUAUGAUCCAGAGUUUGUGUCGGGUGGAGACAGCAUCGUCGAGCCGACCACUGAGAUGGCCCUGGAAAGCCUGGCCCAACCGGCGCUUGAUCUUGGGCCAUUUGAGCUUCCUAAACCACCACCACUCACCAGUGAUCAAGUCGCCGUGGUAUCUGACCAGAGUGUUGAACAUCUCUAUCAGAUUGUGGCUACUCUAGAUAAUGCUGGCCAAAUCAGCGCCAAGCAGAAAUUGGGCUUGAAUCGCCUGGCUGCAAGCACAAACGAUCGAGAUUCAUGGAUGACGAUACUCGUGCGACUUGCCACGAGAGCGCCUGCAGGCCUCGAAGACUUGGUGGACAGUCUCAUUGACGGUUCAGACGCGACCAAGUCGGCCAAAACGGAAGAACAAAAGCUCAGCGGCACAACACCUGCCGAUCGGAUUCGCCAAAUGAUAUUCAUGUACAUCAUGGAUGAUUUCCGUCCGCGUCUGAACCUUGCGAUAUCCUGGUUGACGGAAGAAUGGUAUGCAGACAAAGUGGCAGCUAAGGCACAUCCGGAGUUGGGUCACCUACCACAUUACUCUUAUUGGGUGAAGCAAGUAAUUGAACGAUUACUUCCCUAUCUCGACGCCAAAGACAAGAAUCUUCUGAUUCGAUUUGUGUCUGAGAUCCCGGCUAUCGAUCGUGAACUGUUGGACCGGAUCAAAACUUUGGCACGAGAUCCGGAACGAGUGAGCAUGUGUAUUUUAUCGAUGCAGUAUCUGCUGAUGCUCCGACCGCCUACACGAGAGGCGGUUCUUGACACGAUGGAAAGCAUUUGGAAUGAAGGAGAUGAUCAGGCCAAGAAGGCCACGGCCAAAGUGCUUGGGAAAUGGAGGCCUGGAUUCCUCGAGAAGGCCGCAGAGGUCAAGGACGAAGGAGGCAGCGGAGUCAAGCUAGAGGCUGCGAAAGAGGUCACUCAGGCUGCGUGAAACUUGGUUGUCAGCCUCUGCAUUGAAAUGAUGACAAGAUCUGUAACAAUAUCGAUUGAAUAUUAUGC